CGCCUACUUUUAAGAGUACCGCGCCCCUUUUCCCUCUGGUGUGCAAAUUUUGAAAUUUCAAGAAAAACAAAUCCGGCGUGGGUGCUUUGUUGCUUUCCGGCUUUUAUAACUGUGAUCAGAUCAGAAGUCAGAAUACUUUUAAAAUAAUAAGGUCUCUUUGGUCAGCUUUCGAUCAAAGCUUUUCAUCCACGCCAGACGUCAAAUGGAGACCGCCUCAGUAAAGAGGCCUUUAGAGGAGGCUGAGGAGGAAGCCAAGAGACCAAGGGUUGAAGCCCGAGUUCGCAGAAAAAAGGUGGCUCUUUUGAUGGGAUACAGUGGCCAGGGCUACUUUGGUAUGCAGAGGAACCACCAAAUGCGCACCAUUGAGGAGCAGCUCUUCAAAGCCCUUCUGAAGGCUGACUUUGCUUCCGCUGAGGAAUGCGAGAACCCGCAAAGUAUGUUUUUCCAAAGGGCUGCCAGGACCGACAAGAAUGUGUCUGCUGCUAAGCAAAUCGUGUCCCUAAAAUUGUGUACCGACCCUGGAGUGAUAGACACGUUAAAUUCGCACCUGCCCCCGGAAAUACGCACGUUUGGGCUGCGUAGAGUGACCAAGAACUUCAACUCCAAAGGGAAUUGUGAUGCCCGCACGUACAGCUACACAUUUCCGACUUUUGCCUUGAGUCCUGUUGGGCAGGAGAACGAGUCUUAUCGGGCAACGCCAGAGUUGCUUGAGAAAUUCGCACAGACUUUAAAGCUCUACGAAGGCACUAAAAACUUUCACAACUUUACAUGCCGAAAAGAGUUUGUCGAUCCGAGCAGUAAACGCUAUAUAAUAAGCUUCGAAUGUUUGGAGCCUUUUGAGGAGGAAGGCAUUGAGUUCAUUGAAUGCCGCGUCAAAGGACAGAGUUUUAUGAUGCAUCAAAUACGAAAAAUGGUUGCUUUGGCAAUAGCGGUUGUGAAAGGAAUCGUUGAGCCGGAAAUAAUCGACAAAGCCUAUGGUGCUUUACGGCUAGAUCUUCCGAUGGCACCAGGACUUGGCUUAGUUUUGCAAGAGGUUCAUUAUGACAGAUAUAAUAAGAAGUUUGGCAAGGAUGGUGUGCAUGAUCCGCUUGUCUGGGAAGCAGAAGAAGCAGCAGUGAUGAAGUUCCAAAAGGACUACAUUCUGCCGACAAUAAUUGACGGAGAGAAAAACGGGAAAUCCAUGUUGAACUGGAUAGUGACGUUGCCGUUGCAUACUUUUGACGAAAAAAGAAACGUCCCGCGCAAUCUUCAACAGGAGGAAGAGGAAGAAGGAGUUGGCGAUGAUUAAUAAUUAAUUGUCUAAGCAUUUUUGUUAGUAUUUGAAACUAAGAAAAAUUAAUUUUAUAGAAAAAUUUAUUAAAAACAAAAUAAAUAAUAACCAUCUUAAAAUAUUUUACAUUGCAGCCAAA